UCUACCAUGGACCUUCAGGACCUUGAAUUAAGUGGAAUAGUUGCAUUUGAUGGCUUGACUAAAAACAGUUUGCAACUGCAUCCGGACGAAAAACACUUUGUUUAUCCUAUGGGAAAUAAAGUUACGAUUAAGCACAUCGAAUCAGGUGCACAAUAUUUUUUAUCGGGCCACACUAAUUUAAUAUCGACAAUUUGCAUAUCACCAUGCGGAAAAUAUAUUGCUUCUGGACAAAUCAAUCACAUGGGUUUCAAAGCGACUGUUAUAAUAUGGGAUUAUCAUCAGAGAAAAUUGAAAGCGAGUCACACGAUACAUAAAGUGAGAGUUGAAAAUGUGUGCUUCUCUUGCGAAAGUAAUUUCUUAAUAAGCCUUGGAGGAAGAGACGAUGGAAACGUUGUGAUAUGGGAUGUCAACAAGAAUGAUGCAUUAUGCGGAGCUUGUGCUAGCACGGAAAUAGCGGGCAAUGCAUAUACGAUUCGGCAAACAAAUUUGCGAGAUCAAUGUUUCGUAACGAGUGGCGAUCGAACAUUCAAAGUCUGGCGAAUUAAUCCAGAAACGAGAAAAGUCUAUGGAGUUGAUGUGAAAGUUGGCAAACUCCGAAGAAGCAUCAACUGCAUCGUGAUUGACGGCAGAGACGAAUUGGCGUAUUGCGGAACUUCCUCCGGUGAUAUUAUUAAAGCCAGAUUGAAUUAUUACCACAAUCUGGAGCAGAAGGAGCCCGUACAAACGCCAUUGAUGAUCGGCUGUUAUUCAAAAAUAUCGAAAAAUCCGAAAAAUUACAAGCUUGGAAUUGGCGAAUUAUAUUCCGGUGGCGUCACAAAUUUGCUACUUUAUAAGAUCGAUCAAAUGAUAGUUGGCACUGGGGACGGAACAUUGGAGCUGGUGACAAUCAUCGACGUUAACAUAAAAAGCAAUAAAAAAAUCAAAUCACCGAGCACCCCACAAAUAAAAACGCUUCUUGCCGAAAAUGUUCGUAGUGGCGUAAGCUCCUUGGUUUUAUGGAAAGACGAAUACAUAAUCGUUGGCACAAUUUUCAGUGAAAUUUACCAAAUCAAGCUAUCCAAUUUUGAUAUGCGUCUUCUCGUCACCUGUCACACCGCCACAAUUUACGAUAUUGCUUUUCCACAUAAUUAUUCGGAAAUAUUUGCUACUGGCAGCAAAAAUGAUAUCAGAUUAUGGAGAUUAGAAACGCAAAGAGAACUUUUAAGAAUCACUGUGCCGAAUUUUGUGUGCACAAGCAUUUAUUUCUCUCACGACGGGACAAUGCUGGUAUCAGCUUGGAACGAUGGUAUAAUUCGAGCUUUUACACCGCAAACUGGUCGCUUAAUCUUCGCAAUUAUAAACGCACACGUAAAAGCUGUUUCUGCGGUUACAUUAACGAAUGAUGGGAGAAAAAUAAUAAGCGGCGGCUGUGAUGGGCAGAUAAGAGUAUGGGAGUUAGAACCUGAAAUACAAAAAUUAGUUUGGGUUUUGAAAGAACACCGAGGAUCUGUAACAUCCUUGCACACUAAUAAUGAUAGUACGCACGUAAUCAGUUCCAGUACCGAUGGAACAUGUGUUAUUUGGGAUAUUCAACGUGGUUCCAGAAAACAAGUAUUAAUGGGAAAUACAAUGUAUAUGGCUGCCUGUUUCAGUCCUAAUAAUAUUCAAAUUUUAACAUGCGGCACAGAUAGAAAAAUAUCGUAUUGGGAGACAUUAGAUGGUUUAAUGAUACGAGAACUCGAAGGAUCCGGAGUCGGAGCUCUUAAUUGCAUCGAUAUAUCGCCCGAUGGAAAAUACUUCGUAACUGGUGGAAAUGACAGCAUUGUUAAGUUGUGGUCGUACGAAACUGGAGAAACUAGUCAUGUGGGCAUGGGACAUGCUGCGAUAAUAACGGCAUGCAAGAUCAGUCCCGAUGGCAAAAACAUUGUGACAGUCAGUGCCGAUGGGGCUAUUAUGAUAUGGAAAUGUCCAUUUGAGAUGAAAUUUAAUGAUGAUAAUGAAAUCAAUCAUCAUGAAAUGUCAAGUAUUGAUUCAAGGUCGACAUGCAGCAUACGCGAGCAAGAAUUCAAAAAGCAUCAUCCAAUAGAAUUAGAAACUGAGAAUAUUGCUGAUUUUACUCCACGAUCGACAACCAAUGAAAGCAUAAAAGCCGUUUACGAAGGCAAUACAGAUAGUAAGCCCUGCAAAUGCGAUCCAACGCAGCCAAGUCCAAACAAUUGCAGAUGUAAUUAAUAAUACAAUAUAAUACAUAUAAUCAUCUGGUGUAUUUCAAAAAUCGAAAAACGAGUGAAUUAAGU